AUGGAUAUAUACAAAAAAUCUUUAGAAGAUAAGUCAUACAGGUACGAAAGAAAUUCAAGGUUUAAAAACCAAAAAUAUGAUGUUAAAAUUGUCGCAACACAAACUAUAAGUUGUGGAAAAAUAAUUUACACCUUGUGUGGAAUGACAGCUCCCAUAAAACCUGAAGAAAUAAAAAUUGGUGUGAAUGACUUCUCUAUUUUGACCAGUUCGCGGAACAAAAAGGAUUUAUUGUUCCUGGGCCCUGCGGCGUACAUAAAUCAUAGCUGCUCCAACAAUACAGAAUGGGUGGCUGGGCUGGGCGAAGGAGUUUGGUGCGCAAAAGCAAUUCAACACAUACGCAUUGGCACAGAAAUAACCACAGAUUAUGGCGACCAUUACUUUGGUGAAAACCAAAAAGAUUGUGAAUGUGGAUGA